CUCAGAGAAGUUAUGGCCCAAGAUGGAACAGCAAGUCUGUGGCAGACGAGGUCCAGGAACUCGCUCUUCUGAUGCCUCAGUUGAGAACACGUUCUACUUCGCCACCUGGUCUCCCAGCUACCCAAGGGCAUAUGAACAACCAGGGAAUUAUUUUGGGGGAUACCAGCAAAGAGAUUUGGAGAUCCUGGAAAUUGGAAAAAACAAAACAAUCUGUCUAGGAUGGCAGAGAGAGAGUUGGUCUCAUCCAGGACACUCACUCCUGCCCUUGGACGUUGGUACUCCUGGUUCUCAGGCCUCUGAACUUGGACCAGGACUUACGCCAUCAGCUCCCCUGGUUAUACACCACCAGCUUUCUUGGUUCUUCACCUUCAGACAGCAGACAGUGGGACUGCUUGACCUCCAUUUCCAAUUCCCAAAAUAAAUCUUCUUAUAUCUAUG